AUGGCAUCUCCUGACGAAGCAUCCCUCAACGAAGCACCAUCUCCGAAUGAAGGAGCAUCUCCCGACGGCACGGCCCUGGAAUGGCCCGACGCAUCCUCCGGCACGGCGUCUCCCGAGCCGUGGACCCUCCGAUAUCAAGGCCACGGCGACGGGAUCGGCGACUACCCCAUCGAGCUUUGUCUUCAUAUUGAAGAAUGUAUGUGUCAUUCCUGCGCAGACUACGUGAAGCUGAACGACGAGACCAGUUUCUCCCGUUUCCUGCAAGUGGACGCGAUGACCACCAGUGAGGCCUUUGGCCUCGAAGGAACCCUCAACUUGAACUAUGCCAUCCAGGAGCAAUUCAUCAUGGAAUAUCGGGACCGCGACGAGCUUAAAGACCAACCCAAACCCCGGUGUUUGUUCGAGCCCGAUCCCACCGAACGCGUGCCGCGAGCAAUCGUCGACGGUGACGUUGAGACGCUCCGCCAGGAACUCGAAAGAGGGGUGGAUCCCAACAAGCUGACCUCUUCGGGGAUCCGCCUUCUCUCGCUCGCCGUGGUGCACCUGCAGGUUGAAUGCGUGAAGCUGCUCCUGGAGUACAGCGCGGAUCCGAAUUCUCGGGGAUACUGGCGCGACGCCCGUCCUCUGGACUACGUGAUCCCGUUCUUCAUCGUGGAGACAGAUUUCAUGCAGGCAGCCAUAAUUGAGUUCCUGAUCAACUCGGGGGCGACAUUCACGUACGCGAAUGUCUUCCACACCAUCUGCCGCAUGGAACGCCUGGAUCUGAUGGUCCAGGCCGUCCGCAACGGGACUCCUCUCGAGACGAUCCGAUGUUCCGAGAACGCCACCCUGCUGCAUCGCGCAAGUAUCUUCCCCUGUCGUCUGGGCCAGCCCUUCAUCGUGAACUACAUUCUUCAGCAGGCGCCCGGACUUCUGAACGUCAAAGACAAGAAAGGUCGCACCGCCCUGCACUACGCGCUGCUGGGCGGGAACAAGCAAAUGCCGCAGUUCCUGCUCCGUUCUCCUGUCGAUGCCAUGGCUGUGGAUAAAAAUAAUGAAUCGGCUCUGCAUAUUGCCGUCCGGAGACUUCGUCAUGCAGAUGUCGUUGCUCUUCUGAACCGUCCCGGCGUGGAUAUCGCCACGCUUCAUAUGAAAGGCCUCCCCGCCUUCUCCCCCUUGUGCUCCGCUCUGGCCUCGGGUGAUGCGCGCUUGAUCCGCAUCAUGCUGGCUCAUCCCCGCAUGGCUAUAUCGGAAGAUGUCCGGAGUUGUGCCUUCGUCCUUCGCCGGAGGUUGGGGCUUUCGCCUGAUUUGUUUCGUCUGAUUGCGAAGCUUCCUUACACUCAAGCCAUGCCGGAGGGGUGGUAA